AUGAGUGUUAAGAACAUAACUGGCUACAAGGAGCUGUCGCCCGGAUUUCCUGCACUUUCAACCAUGCAGGUGCAUUCUUAUCUUCCAGGGACGGUGCUUUCAUCUGCAAGCCACUUUGGUCGCAGGUACAGGCGGCGCACGGAAUGCCCGGCCGGACGGUUUUCUGAAAGAUUCACCGACGGCGUGGGGUCAGCGUACCGGUGUACGAUUUGCCAAGAAGGCACCAGUCAGAGCAAAGCAGGUGCGACGCAAUGCGAUGCAUGUGCAAAGGGUACUUAUACCAACGUGCGUGGGCAGACCGGCUGCGAGGUUUGCAGUUUUGGUUCUUACCAGAGCGACGAGGGACAGACAGGAUGCUUAUCCUGCCCAGAGGAUCGAACCACACUGUUCCUGGCAGCGCAAAAGCUGCAGGACUGUGUCUGCAGAGCCGAGUCCAUUGAACAUGAUGGGAUUUGCGUGGAGUGCUCCCAGGGCCUCACAUGUCCCAGAGGAUCCACCGUGCAACUGCUACUGGAUGGUGAAUCUGAGCUCUAUGAAGAGGUGCCCAUGGUGGAGCAAGGCUAUCACAGCACUCUAGAGGCCCCGUUGGAUAUCUACAAGUGCAUCGGCCACUGUCCCGGUGGCCGUCCGGGAACCUGUGAUGCAGGGCGCAUCGGAGUGACCUGUGGCAACUGCCCCAAAUAUGAAUUUAUACAAGACGAGCGAUGCCGACCCUGUCGUCCUGUGCACUCGGCGCUAUGGGUUUUGGCAUGUCCGCUGAUAUUCAUCUUGAUCAUUUGCUCCUACUACAUGUCCAAUAAAGAACACGGCGUCAGGGCGACAGCUGCCUCGUGCAUUUUCCAAUUGUUUGGCCUCAUUCUGGUCUUCUGUGAGAUUAUUGCCGUGGUGCAAUCUGUGGCAGUUGAAUGGCCCAAAGGUCUUGCAGUGGCAUUGAGCUACUUUGAAGUCUUCGGAUUGAGCUUUGAAAGCCUGGGCUUGGGCUGUUUGGCUGGAACUUCUUUGAGGAGCUACGUGGCUCAGAGCUUCUUCUUUCCAAUCUUGGUUGCGGGAUGCUUUGUGGUGCAAGGUUUGACCCAGAUCAUUCCUUUCCCCAAGCGCUUUCUCCACCUGAAAUGGACCAAAACUGCAACCUGCAACAUGCUGGGGCACCUUUUGCAAGAGGCUUACAUCAUGAUGAGCAACAUUGCCUUCAUUCCCUUCAGUUGUUUCACGCAUCCGAAUGGUUCAGAGAGUCUGCUGACCGCCACCAACAUCUUGUGCGGCUCCGCGGAGCAUCGGAACAUGCAAGUCUUUGGCGCGAUCUUGGGUUUGUUGUGCAUGGUCUUCCUGGCGUUAUGCAGCUAUGCUGCGCUGAAAGCCCCUGCCUGGUCAGAUUCCCCUGUUCGAAUGUCAUGCAUUCGUUUUCUCAUCGACCGCUUUCGGCCAGAUGUUUGGUGGUAUGGCAUUAUCCUCUUGGUCCGCGGGCCGCUCCUCUCUAUACCUGCUAUUGUUGCAGCCAACCUGCCAGGCUUGCAAAUGACUGGGCUCAUGGGGAUCAUGCUGAUUUCGGUUUUGAUUCAAGUGCGUUUCCUUCCGUGGAAUGCGCCGCUGGCGAAUGUGGCCGAUGCUGCAUCUUGCAGCCUUUUGUUGAUCCUGCUGUCCAUUGGCAUUGCUCGCCUGCCAGCACCUGUGGGAAAAUGGGGCAACGGGGUGUUGGACAUCUCUGGCAUCGUGGUGGCACUGCUGAUACUGGCCGUGUGGGUGGUGGUGGUGCUGGCAGUUGCUAUACUGGUGUUCCGCAAAGCCAUCUUGAAGCGGGAGGAAACAAGGAUCAUCAACCUUGGAAAAUUGGCGCGCUCACGUGAUGUUCUCCUCAUCCUGGAGGAUAUUAGUAGCCAUGUCAACGGAUGGUCAUCAGUGCAAAUGCAACGAGUGGACGACGCAAUCAAUCAACUCUGCGUCUACGACUACCAGGUUCUUUGCACGUCCCUCAUGCUCCUCUCCGUUGAGGUGGGUAUAGGAGGCCGAUCGUCAUUGGGUUCCACCAGCAUGCGAAUCCGGGGGGUGAGCACCAAAGCGCAGAAGCUUCGACAGACCAUGUCGCGACUGAGCCAAGUGGAGAGGGACAGUGAGGCCCACGAUCUUGCAGCAGAGGCCUGGGAUGGGAAUCAGCACGGCUUUCAGGGACAGGAUGGGACUUGA